AUGUGCAUUUAUGGCAUCAAUUUUACGAAUGGAUUUGACAAUCAUUUAUAUUUCAAUGAUCCAAAAACAAAUGCUAAAAUAGCUGAAUAUUUGGAUGAAGCCGGAAAAGAUUUAUGCAACUCUGUAUCAAACUUCAAAAUCAAGGAUCCAUAUCAGGAAGUAGUCAUUUUGAAUAAGGAUAAUAGUUACAAUGAUCUGUUUAUAACUUGUUGCGAUAAAUGUGAUCAUGAAUCUAUGAUUGAUUGGCUUAUUCACUUGAAAUCGCAAUUUCUUCUUCAUCGUUAUGCAUUGGUUGAAAAUUUUCAACAUCAGAUAAGUUAUAAAAUUACAAGACGAAAAGUUGGUUAUAAUCAGCCAGGCGUUUGUUUAACGGAAGAUUAUCGAAAAAUACCGGCAACCGGAAAUAAUGCUGUUUGUUUUACUUAUGGCGAGCAAAAAUUCGCUAAUCCAUUUGCUGGUGAACAAUAUUCAACAAAGUUUGAAGAUAUACUAAAAAUGGGACAUUACAAUUCCACUGUUACCAAAUAUCUGCUAGGCGAACGUUGCACAAUGAAUUAUGCAUCAUAUUCUAAUCCUGAAGAAUCAUGUACAAUCAAUUUGUUCCAAAAAGGUUUUCAAUAUUUCUGUUGUUGUUCGGGUGGCAGCUCAGUCCCAUGUCAGAAAUCAUCGGCGAUUCUGUUGCGAAAAGAUAAUUCAAUGACUGAAAACUUAUUUUGUGCAUCUAAAGAAGUACCAAUUGCAAAGGAAAAGACUGAACAAAUGAAAUUCAAUAUGAGUUUUUCAACUACCAUAGGCGAUAUAAAUGCUAGAACAUCGAAUAAAUAUGAGCCUGAUAUACAUAACAAAUUAGCCGACGAAAAUAAAACUCGUCACAAAUGUUUUUAUAACGAUCGUUAUCAGUAUCUAUUCAAUCAGUAUUAUGUGAAAACAACAAAUGACGUAUGUUUGUUGCAUUAUAUCGAUAAUGAGACGGCAAGUGAUAUGAAUACAAAUGGUAUCAAAAAUGGAUUAAUUUUUCAUUCAUAUCCAGGAGAUGGUUUUUAUCCGACUGAUUUUUCAUAUAUUGACCUGAAGGACGAUUGUGCUUAUGUGGAAGUGGAAAUUAAUGAAGUUUCGAUUAAAAGAUCGGUUAAUUGCUUUAAGAAAAGUUUUAAUACAAAUUAUAUGCCUGUGAAAAUAUUUGCAUGUGGUUGUACUCUUCAAAAGGAAGGCAAUCAUUGCGAUCAAAGUUUAGAGAAAAAAAUUGCAAAGCUAUCAGAAGAAUAUCCAAUGAAAUUAUUAACAAAUUGCGCAAAAUUUGAAGCAACGGAAGCGUCAAUGAACGAAAGCAAUGAGAUAUAUGUGCGUCAUACUUCUUAUUGCUUUACAGAAGUGUUUAUGAUGUGGGACACGAUAUCAGGUGUACGAUUAAAGGUGAGAGCAGACGCUGUGACACGACUGAUGGCAGCGCAAAGUGGGAAGCAUUUCGAUCAUAUUGCAUUUUCAAUGUAUAACUUAAAAUUUUUACAGUUGCAUCAAUUAAUUCUUCAUCCAUUAAAUACAGCAGGAAAAUUAUGGUGCCUUUCGGGUCCUUUUUAUGCAACUAUUUACUUUGAUAAGAGAACAAGCAGUUUUCGAAGGAAAACAAAAUGUGUUCCAAAACAAAUUGAAAUAUAUAAAAUCAAAAGAACUCAUAAGGCAAUAAAAUUUGAUAAUUCAAUUUUUUGCGAUUCAUUGCCAAUAUUGGGUAAAAACUUUGGAUGUUUUGAUUUAAAUUUGGAUAGCAAAAAGUCACAAAAGAGAAGUGAAAUGGCAUGUUGUUGCAGUGAUGAACAUGAAUGUGAACAAACUUCACUUCAAAUUCGACUGGUAUUUUCACAUUUAAAGAAAGAUUUGACCGAUUAA